AUGCCGCAACACUCGUAUGGACACGGUGAUAAUCAACACAACAAGAUGUCUUCGAAGCCGAUCACCUUAUACGACAUUGCAACCAAGCUUCCUGACGCGCCGGGAUCUUCAACGACUUGGCGAACGAGGUACUCUCUGAACAUGAAAAAACUCCCGUACCAAACUGUCUAUGUCGAACUUCCCGACAUUGAAUCUCUCGCUAAACAGAUCGGUGCUGCUCCUACUGGCACUAAACACGAUGGAGUCACGCCUUUAUACACGAUCCCCAUCAUCCAUGACCAUGCCACAGGAGCCGUCGUAUCAGAGUCUGCCUCUAUCGCAGCGUAUCUAGACAAAACGUACCCAUCCGGACCUACGCUCGUCCCUACUGGUACAAUGCCGCUCCAGCUUGCAUUCCGUGAUGCGGUAGCAGACGUCUUCCGUGGUUUUCGCGGGUUCAUGGUUAAGCGCUUGAUGGCAAAUUGGAAUGACAGGACGGUCGUGUAUUGGAAGUCCAGGUUGGAGGAGCAAGGAGUGAAUUUGGAGACGUUGUUAAAUGGGGACGAGGACAAGGACAAGGCGUGGGAGAAGGCUCUGGCGGGGCUUGCAAAACUUGAUAAGUGGUUCGAAGGGAAUGAGGGGCCGUUUGUUAUGGGAAGCGAAGCCGUGUUUUGCGGAUGCUGUCCUCGGGGCGAUUUUGAGAUAUGGUCGGGGUGUUUUUGGGAAAGACAGUAA